AUGGCCAUCCAACCCGGUGAAAAUUUCUGCAACAACCUUAAGAAGUACGUUGGCAAGAUAACCCUCCCCGGCCAUGAAGGAUUAGCAAACCACGUGAUGGUAUUUAUGCUGGUUGGUUUCCCGAAAAAAAAAUUACAUUGGAAGCAAGUGGUAGGCUACUUUUUUACUGGUGAUUCGAUUCAACACGGAACAAUAAAAUCAAUAUUAUAUAACAUCAUCCGAAGAACCGAAUCGUGCGGUCUUCAUGUACAUGCGGUUGUUAGUGAUUGUAGUGGAACCAACAAAAGACUUUGGAACGACUGUGGAGUUCAGCAUGCAAGAGGAAAAGUGUUGAGUAAUAAGCCAAUCCCUCAUCCGGUAGAUGCCUCUCGUACACUCGAACUGCUACCAGAUAGUGUCCACGUAUGCAAGUGUAUGAUACAAGGUUGGAUUGCUAAUCGUAUAAUCGAGUUGGACGAACAAGUAGCAUAUGAAAAUGGUCUCUUCUCCAGGGUAGCUGACAUUACUCAUCUACAAGAGCUUGUUACUUACGAGCAAAACUGUGACCUUAAGAUGGCUUGUGGACUAAAGCUGGAGGAUGUAAAUUUCGAUCGAAACAGCUCAAACUUCGAGAAAAUGAAAGUAAAGAACUCCACAAACUAUGUGAAUCAUGGCGUAGCAGCUGCUCUGAGGGUUUUCACCGAAGAAACCGAGUCGGUGCGAAAAUUCAAAGUAAACCUUGGCAAUCAGCAGCAGUAA